ACUAAUUGCGAUACAGAUGUUGACGGCUUCGUUAGGAUUUCCGUACAAAUCAAAACAAAAAUACGGUUAAUGCGUAUUAUCCAGAAAUAGAAAUCAACCCUCCCGUCGCGAGUGCGUCGCUCUAUUUUUAUAAUUAACGGCACACGCUGCGCGCGCGCACGCGACACAUUCAAAAUUAUUCCAACUUUGUGCCGCUCCAGACAUAUCUUUGUUUAAAUUAUCACCAGACUGUUUUUUCGUUUUUCUGAAAAAAAAUACCUUAGCGAGUGAAUUGAGUAUUGGCUGUAUCUAUUCUUAAAUCCAUUGUGUAGGUCAGAGUUCGAUGAACGCGCUCCCGAAACACCUAAAAACUAUUUGGUCUUCUAAAUAUAAUGUUGUUAUGAGUAAUUCUGACCGUGUAAGAGGAUUGAACUCUCCCUUAUUUCCUGUGUAAAGAUCCAGUAGUGCUGUAAACGUGUCUGAUCGAUGUUCAUCCGUUGUGUUCAGUGAAGUUAAGUGAACUUUUAGUAAGUUAAUAUGACUCGUGGACCAACGAUAGUGCGAGUGCCACCCGGAGGGGGCGGCUCUAAGGGCAUCAAGUGCUGCUGCUGCCGAUGCUGUGAAUGUCUGAACCUUGGAUAUCUGACCACCCACCAUGGCAUCAUUAAGCUUGCCGAAGCUAUGUUAGGUGGACUGUGCCAGAGCCUGCUGGUGAAGUAUGGCAUGUCAGCGGCUGGCACCAUGGGCUCCGCAUUCCAUGGAUUCCUGACGACGGCCUCCGCCUGUCUUCUAACCACCGCACUCCUCAUUGCUUGCUACGUGCUCUCCUCAAACACACAGCAGCUUAUUCGACAAUCUAUCUUUGAAUGCCUAUUCAAUGCGGUGGCUUGCUUCCUGUACUUGUCGGCGUCUUCGUACAUGGGCGUCGCGGUGAACAUCUACCUGUACCCGCAGUAUGUGCUAGUUAACAUGUAUGCCGCGUACCCGGCCAUGACGGCUGUCUAUUACAUCGGCGUAGUUGUGGGGAUCCUUCACGGCGUAGAUGCGUAUCUGUCAUACAAGUACCACAAGGGAUACCGGUGAACAGACAAACCCACAAACAUCGUGCUGGGCGUGCUGACGUCUAGAGUCUAGACAUAUACUGUGUUCUACUUACUAAUAUGUAAUACGACUAAAUCCGCAAGAAAUUUCUAAAUUUCUUCAAUAAUUGUUUCAUAGAGAACAAUAUUUGCAGAUAAUAAAUUAAUUUUAGAUAUGUAGGAUAAUCGAUUUUAAUGUAUUUUAUAAUCGAGUGAACAUAUCUGGGCAUCACGAGGCACGUAUAACAAACGAAUAUGAUUUACGCCCUACCAAAUCGAGUAACACUUCAUUCCAAUUUUAAUGAUUUUAUGCAUUUUUAAUUUUACUAUAAAAUAAUUUGUCGUAUAAUACAAAUAAAAUAGUCAUUAUUUUUAUGUUAACCUUUAAUGUGCUUUUAUAUGACUUUAAAAAAUAUUAAUCUUUGUUAUAAAAGUUAUAUAGUACCAACAUUGUAUAAUUUAAUGUGGAAUAAAACAUUUAUCAGAUUUAUUUUUAUAGUAUAACAA